GGCCUUGGAGGGGUCCAGUCCUCUGCCGCUCUUGCUCCGGGACCCCAGAGACAGCAGCGCUCCCAGGGCUCUCAUCCACCGCGCCCUUGCUCUCCUCUCGGAACCAGUCCUUGCAGCCGCAGCAGCCCAGUCCACUUUCUUCCUCCGAAGCCAUGUCCACCAGGUCCGUGUCCUCGUCCUCCUACCGCAGGAUGUUCGGUGGCUCAGGCACAUCGAGCCGGCCGAGCUCCAACCGGAGCUAUGUAACUACUUCCACCCGCACCUACAGCCUGGGCAGCGCACUGCGCCCCAGUACUAGCCGCAGCCUCUAUUCCACGUCCCCCGGUGGCGCCUAUGUGACCCGGUCCUCCGCCGUGCGCCUGCGGAGCAGCGUGCCGGGCGUGAGGCUGCUGCAGGACUCGGUGGACUUCUCGCUGGCCGACGCCAUCAACACCGAGUUCAAGAACACCCGCACCAACGAGAAGGUGGAACUGCAGGAGCUGAAUGACCGCUUCGCCAACUACAUAGACAAGGUGCGCUUCCUCGAGCAGCAGAACAAAAUCCUACUGGCAGAGCUCGAGCAGCUUAAGGGCCAGGGCAAGUCGCGUCUGGGAGACCUGUAUGAGGAGGAGAUGCGGGAGUUGCGGCGGCAGGUGGAUCAGCUCACCAACGACAAGGCCCGUGUCGAGGUGGAGCGGGACAACCUGGCCGAAGACAUCAUGCGGCUGCGAGAGAAAUUGCAGGAGGAGAUGCUCCAGAGAGAGGAAGCGGAGAGCACCCUGCAGUCCUUCAGGCAGGAUGUUGACAAUGCAUCUCUGGCUCGCCUUGACCUUGAACGUAAAGUGGAAUCCUUGCAGGAAGAGAUUGCCUUUUUGAAGAAGCUGCAUGAUGAAGAGAUCCAGGAGCUGCAGGCUCAGAUUCAGGAACAGCAUGUUCAGAUCGAUGUGGAUGUUUCCAAGCCCGACCUCACCGCUGCCCUGCGUGACGUCCGCCAGCAGUAUGAAAGCGUGGCUGCCAAGAACCUCCAGGAGGCAGAGGAAUGGUACAAGUCCAAGUUUGCUGACCUCUCCGAGGCUGCCAACCGGAACAAUGAUGCUCUGCGCCAGGCAAAGCAGGAAUCAAACGAAUACCGAAGACAGGUGCAGUCACUCACCUGCGAAGUGGAUGCGCUUAAAGGAACCAACGAGUCCCUGGAACGCCAGAUGCGUGAGAUGGAAGAGAAUUUUGCCCUUGAAGCUGCUAACUACCAGGACACUAUUGGCCGCCUGCAGGAUGAGAUUCAGAACAUGAAGGAAGAGAUGGCUCGUCACCUUCGCGAGUACCAAGACCUGCUCAAUGUAAAGAUGGCUCUUGACAUUGAGAUCGCCACCUACCGGAAGCUGCUGGAAGGCGAGGAGAGCAGGAUUUCUCUGCCCCUUCCAAACUUUUCUUCCCUGAACCUGAGAGAAACUAAUCUGGAGUCACUCCCUCUGGUUGACACCCACUCAAAAAGAACACUUCUGAUUAAGACUGUUGAAACCAGAGAUGGACAGGUGAUCAAUGAGACUUCUCAGCAUCACGAUGACCUUGAAUAGAAAUUGCACACACUCGGUGCAACAACGCAGUACCAGCAAGGAGAAGAAGAAGAAGAAGAAGAAGAAGAAGAAGAAGAAGAAGAAGAAGAAGAAGAAGAAGAAGAAGAAGAAAAUCCGUACCUUAGGGAAACAGCUUUCAAGUGCCUUUACUGCAGUUUUUCAGGAGCGCAAGAUAGAUUUGGGAUAGCAAUAAGCUCUAGUUCAUACCAACUGACACCCCUAAAAGACUAGGAAAGGUUUACAACAUAAUCUAGUUUAUUAAGAAAUCUUGUGCUAGAAUACUUUUUAAAGUAUUUUUGAAUACCAUUAAAACUGCUUUUUUCCCCCAGUAAAUAUCUGACCAACUUGUUACUGCUUCAAUAAAUCUUCAGAAAUA